ACGAGUCACCAAAACAAAGCGUGGCCCUGCAGUAGAGCAGCUGACUACAUAACAUGAAACAAUGCCUAUUUGCUGGCUUAUUAGCGAGGAGGGUUGUCACAAACCGAUUCUACUGCGGCACCAGCAGACAGUUGUCCUGGGUCGAGGUCCAGAGACGACUAUUAAAGACAAAAAAUGCUCUCGGCAGCAAGUUGAAUUGAAAGCAGAGUGCAACAAAGGUUAUGUCAAAGUUAAACAGCUGGGCUUGAACCCCACCUCCAUAGACUCUGUGGUGGUGGGUAAGGACAAAGAGGUCAAAAUGAAGGCUGGACAGCAGCUUCAUAUUGUCAACCAGCUCUACCCAUACACUGUACAGUUCAAGGAGGAUCCCACCGGGGACCACGGUGGCACCAAAAGACCACGAGAGCCGGCUUUAGAGGACAGGGAGAGCCGCAGAGAGGAUCUGAGUGUGAAAGCAGCCAAACAGACAGAAAAGGUCUCAGUGUCUGUCAGCCAUGGAGAAGCCACAAAACCCAGUGAAAGCUUUGGACAUUGGAGCCAAGGUCUGAAGACCUCAAUGCAAGACCCUAAGAUGCAGGUAUACAAGGAUGACAAAGUAGUGGUUAUCAAAGAUAAAUACCCUAAAGCGCGCUACCACUGGCUGGUUCUCCCGUGGCAGACCAUUUCAAGCCUGAAGGCCUUAGGUAAGGAGCACUGCGACCUGGUGAAACACAUGCAGCAAGUUGCUGACCAGAUGGUUCAGCAGUGCCCAGAUGCCGGCUCGCUACGUUUCCGUACAGGGUACCACGCCAUCCCCAGUAUGAGUCACGUUCACCUCCAUGUGAUCAGCCAAGACUUCGACUCUCCUUGUUUAAAGAACAAAAAGCACUGGAACUCAUUUACAACUGACUAUUUCAUGGAGUCUCACGAUGUCAUUCAGAUGCUCAAAACAAAUGGAAGAGUCACUGUGAAAGAAGGAUCCAGCGAGCUGUUGAAACUACCUCUCCGCUGUCACAUGUGUCGCAAAGAUAUUCCCACUAUACCAGCUCUGAAGGAGCACCUGAAGUCUCACUUUCCUAGCUAAAAGAUGACCUCAAAGGGAAUACAUGCCUCAGAUGUUUAUGGGUUCAACAUAGGACUGAAGUAUGUUGGGCAUUAUUUUUGCCUGUUAGUUCUGAUUCAUGGUUUUAUAAAAGAAACACAAUGUUGUGGCUGCUGUUGCAUUUUCUACUGGUUAUUUUUUCAGUAGGUUUAAGAAGAGGGUCACUUUGAAGAUGCAUGUCAUUUAUGUUGGAUUUCAUCAGUUCUUUGCCAAAUUUCUGGUCUGUGAAAUCCCAUAAUAUUGCAAAUAUUAUUCCCACAUUUCACAUGUCUUAUGUUUUAUUAAAUGUUAUCUAAAAACUGAA